CAAACGCCAGUCUCAGCGAAACAAUCCCAUCGGCAUCAGUAUAAGUGUCAGCCUCAGUCAGAUACAAGGCGGAAAAUCUCGUAGUAAAUGUAUUUUGUAUUUUCGCCGUGUUAAUCACACACAUAUAUUCCCCGUGCACUCUCUAAAGCCGAAACGAAGACCCAUGUCUGGGAAAGAGUUCGCUUCCGAGGAGAACUUCGGUUCGUCCCUGCUGCUGGUCCUGUUGGCCAUGGUCUUCGUACUGACGUUCACGACGCUCGGCUGUUGGUCGCGCAACGCCUCAGGAAGGCCCGCCCGGAAGGCCCUGGCGGCCAGGAGCGCGGCCUGGAAUGUCCUCGGAUCGUGUGCCCUGGUGCUCUUCGUUGUCGUGGCCUGGACCAUGGUGACCAUCGUGGGCGUGGGCCUGAUCGGCCGCACACGCUCCGGCAAUGCGUUCAAUCCCCACAAGAUCCUGCAGGUGCCGUCGUCCUGCUCGCAGGCGGAGAUCAGGAAGGCCUACCGCGAGCUCUCCAAGGUCCUGCAUCCGGACGUCCGCGGCACGGGCGACGAGGCGCAGUUCAUUCUGCUGAGCACCGCCUACCGUGCCCUCAUCAAGAGCCCGGCCAAGGAGAACUACCGACUGUUUGGCCAUCCGGACGGCUCUGACGCCCUGGGCGCUGAUCGGCCGGAGGCACUGGGACGCUUCUACAAUUGGGUCACACAGAGCGUGCAGUCCUUUGGCCAGUGGCUGAGGACCAAAUUCGGCAGGACUUGAAUCUGUUAAUUAAAGUUUCCCCCAUUUGCAUUUGCCUGCUCCCGAACGA